AUGAACAAAAAAACGGUGUUUGUAACUCUCCUUGUCGCUCUUUCAUUGACUCAUGCCUUAUUCUUGAUCUUUAACAAGAAUGGCCUAUACUCUUCUGAACAGGUAAUGAAGAGAAGGGACUUCAGUAUUCAGUUAUCACAUGGAUUGAAGAAGUGCACUGAUAGGUACACUUUCCCUCAAAUAUUAGAUGCCCGAUAUAGGACAGAGAAUCCAAGAAUUAAUCUCUACCUUAAUUCUAGUACUAAGCCUUCUGAUAUGAAUACAGCAAUUAAGAAUGCCUUUUUGCUUGACAGAGAUGGACUUGCGACUAGUUAUCCAAUCGACAUCUAUCUAGCAGAUGGUAUUAUUUAUGGACUAGCUAAGUCAGGCUCUAAGGAGUCAAUGAGACUUAGCCAGGAGAUCAGUCCUAGAAAGAUUAUUGAUACCAAGGGAAGAUACGUGACCCCCGGUUUAGUGGAGGCUCAUUCUCAUGUUGGAAUUUGCACUCAGCCUGAAUUGCAUGGUGUGAAUGAUAUGUUUGAAUUGAUGUCUCCCGUUACUCCAUUUAUCAGAACUCUUGACGCUUUUAACGUUGGAGAUCCAGCCAUAAAAUUGAUCAGUUAUGGAGGUGUUACAUCUUCACUUGUACUACCAAGUGCAAAUGUAAUAUCGGGUGAAGGGUUUGUCUUCAAAAUGCUCGUUCCACCAUCUUUAUCGGCCGAGGAGAUGCUAGUAGAAUACAACCCCAAAGAGAUCAGCCCCAACUUUGAUAAUCAUCGCCAACGUUGGAUGAAGCUGGCUUGCGGAGAAAAUCCCAAAAAGCGGUUUGUAUCAAAUGCUUCUGCUCCGAAAUCCAGAAUGGGUUUGGGGUUCCUAGUUCGUGAUACUUUAACCAGAGCCCAAAAAUUGAAAGACUCUCAGGAUUCUUGGUGCAAUGCUGUUGAGCAGGGACUUCCACCAAAUUCUCUAGAGUUCCCAGAGAGUGUUGAAUUGUCAUUGCUUGUCGACUUACUUAGAGGCAAGGUGAGAACAAAUGCUCACUGCUACGAAACGUUUGACAUAGAGACACUUCUAAGACACGGGAGAGAAUUUGGCUUUGAAAUAACGGCAAUACACCAUGCUUUGGAUGCUUACAAAAUUCCGAAGAUUAUUAAGGAGCAGCCUAAUAACAUUACAGUGGUGACCUUUGCUUCAGAAUGGGGUUUCAAAAAGGAAGCAUUUCAGGGAAGCGUCUUCGGUCCUAAGAUUCUCAACGAGAAUGAAAUUCCUGUGGCUUUACAUACCGACCAUCCCGCAGAAGGUGGACAUGAUUUGGUCCUUCAAGCGCAGAGAGCUCAUAACUUUGGAUUGCCAGCGGAGAAAGCUUUUGCUGCGGUAACGGGAACUUCGGCUAAGUUACUUGGACUUGACAAUCGUAUUGGCUACUUGAGAAAAGGCUACGAUGCAGAUGUAGUGAUUUGGGACAGACACCCUCUUCAAAUGGGUGCAAGUCCUUUGAAGGUUUUCAUCGACGGGGUUCCUGUGCUUGAUACUCCAAUCAAGAACAACAAAGAUCUUGAAUAUUCACCCGAUUCCAUGAAAGAAGUAACCCCUGAAAUGAAGGAUUUUCAAUGCCUAGAAGGUUCCGAAUCAUUUAUUGUAAGGGGAAUUACCAAAUCUCUAGUUUCCGAACAACCGAAAGAAAAUAACGAGCCAUAUGAGUUAGUUGUCAACAAUGGCACAAUCAUCUGCUUCAAGAAAAACUGCACUUCUUUCUAUGAUCGUAUAGUCUCUAGUUGCGAUAAAGUAUUGGAGUUACAGAAUGGCUAUAUUUCUCCUGGUGGAACUGCAUUGUCAAGCACACAUGGAUUGAUGGAAAUGCCGUCCGAAACCACCACUGGAGAUGGUGAUAUCAUGGACUUUAUUAAAGACGGAGUGCUUGAUGAUUUUAGUGAUCCAGAUAGAGUUUUGCUUGCUCACGACGGGCUCCAAUUUGAAAGCGCCCAUUUGAAAAGGGCUCACAAUUCUGGAGUUCUAAAGAUCAUUACUCCACCAUUCAGAAGUGAAGGGAAAAAAUUCCUUACUGGUGUCAGCACAUGUUUCAGAUCAUCUGCUUCCGGUCUUGAGGACAUCAUUAAGGAGAAUGUUGCGUUACACUUCACAGUUGGUGACAUGGGCAAGCAGGCAUUACUUCCCACUGUUUCCUCUGAGAUCCUGAUGCUUAGGAAAUUACUCUUAGAUAACAGUGAAAAGAAGAAUAUCUAUGGACAGGUGUUCAGGGGAGAACUACCUCUAGCUAUUCAUGCCAAUAACAAGGAUGUGAUUUUGCAGCUAAUUCAGAUGAAGAAACAAUUGGGAGACAUCUACAUGAUUAUCGUGGGAGGUAUUGAAUCGCAUUUGAUUGCAGACAAAUUGGCUGCCAGCGAUAUUCCUAUCAUUCUUUCACCCUGGAGAUGCCAAAGAAGAUUCUGGGAUGAGAGAAGAUGCCUUACCGGCUUACACCAGACUCCUACAAUCAUAGGCGUCUUGAAAAGGGCUGGCGUACGCUUUGGAAUAGCUGUGGAUGAUGACAAAUUGGUGAGGUUUUUAUUCGACGAGGCUGGAAUGGCAGCUUCCCGCUCAAAUAUAAGCGAUGCAGAAGCUGUUAGAGCCAUAUCCACAGAUAUAGACAACAUUUUCAACGUGAGCACUUCAAACACUCUAGAUUUUAUUGUGACGGAGGGAUCUCCAGUGAAAUUUGGUUCUAACAUCGCUGCAAUAGUUCAUUCUGGUAUACUCACCAAUAUUUAUCCGGAACUUGAACCAGCUUUUGAGAUUUCUGAGAAUAUGUAA